GCGGAGCGGGGCUCUCAGGAGGAGACACUUUUUUUUUCCUCCCUCCUUCCCUCCUCUCCUCCUCCCUUCCCUUCCCCUCUCCUCCCCUCUCUCCUCCUUCCCCCCUCGGUCCGCCGGAGCCUGCUGGGGCGAGCGGUUGGUAUUGCAGGCGCUUACUCUCCGGGGCCGCCCGGCGGGUAGCUGGCGGGGGGAGGAGGCAGGAACCGCGAUGGCGCCUCAGAAGCACGGCGGUGGGGGAGGGGGCGGCUCGGGGCCCAGCGCGGGGUCCGGGGGAGGCGGCUUCGGGGGUUCGGCGGCGGUGGCGGCGGCGACGGCGUCGGGCGGCAAAUCCGGCGGCGGGGGCUGUGGAGGCGGCGGCAGUUACUCGGCCUCCUCCUCCUCCGCGGCGGCAGCGGCGGGGGCCGCGGUGUUACCGGUGAAGAAGCCGAAAAUGGAGCACGUCCAGGCUGACCACGAGCUUUUCCUCCAGGCCUUUGAGAAACCAACACAGAUCUAUAGAUUUCUUCGAACUCGAAAUCUUAUAGCUCCAAUAUUUUUGCACAGGACUCUUACUUACAUGUCUCAUCGAAACUCCAGAACAAACAUAAAAAGGAAAACAUUUAAAGUUGAUGAUAUGUUAUCAAAAGUAGAGAAAAUGAAAGGAGAGCAAGAAUCUCAUAGCUUGUCAGCUCAUCUACAGCUUACAUUUACUGGUUUCUUCCACAAAAAUGAUAAGCCAUCACAAAACUCAGAAAAUGAACAAAAUUCUGUUACCCUGGAAGUCCUGCUUGUGAAAGUUUGCCACAAAAAAAGAAAGGAUGUAAGUUGUCCAAUAAGGCAAGUUCCUACAGGUAAAAAGCAGGUGCCUUUGAAUCCUGAUCUCAAUCAAACAAAACCUGGAAAUUUCCCGUCCCUUGCAGUUUCCAGUAAUGAAUUUGAACCUAGUAACAGCCAUAUGGUGAAGUCUUACUCAUUGCUAUUUAGAGUGACUCGUCCGGGAAGAAGAGAGUUUAAUGGAAUGAUUAAUGGAGAAACCAAUGAAAAUAUUGAUGUCAAUGAAGAACUUCCAGCUAGAAGAAAACGAAAUCGUGAAGAUGGGGAAAAGACAUUUGUUGCACAAAUGACAGUAUUUGAUAAAAACAGGCGCUUACAGCUUUUAGAUGGGGAAUAUGAAGUAGCCAUGCAGGAAAUGGAAGAAUGUCCAAUAAGCAAGAAAAGAGCAACAUGGGAGACUAUUCUUGAUGGGAAGAGGCUGCCUCCAUUUGAAACAUUUUCUCAGGGACCUACAUUGCAGUUCACUCUUCGUUGGACAGGAGAGACCAAUGAUAAAUCUACAGCUCCUAUUGCCAAGCCUCUUGCCACUAGAAAUUCAGAGAGUCUUCAUCAAGAAAACAAGCCUGGUUCAGUUAAACCUACUCAGACUAUAGCUGUUAAAGAAUCAUUGAAUACGGACCUACAAACAAGAAAAGAAAAAGAUACUUCAAACGAAAACCGACAAAAAUUAAGAAUAUUUUAUCAGUUCCUUUAUAACAACAACACGAGACAACAAACUGAAGCGAGAGACGACCUACAUUGCCCAUGGUGUACUCUGAAUUGCCGCAAACUUUAUAGCUUACUCAAGCAUCUUAAACUCUGCCACAGCAGAUUUAUCUUCAAUUAUGUUUAUCAUCCAAAAGGUGCUAGAAUAGAUGUUUCUAUCAACGAGUGUUAUGAUGGCUCCUAUGCAGGAAAUCCUCAGGAUAUUCAUCGCCAACCUGGAUUUGCUUUUAGCCGAAAUGGACCAGUAAAGAGAACGCCUAUCACACACAUUCUUGUGUGCAGACCAAAACGAACAAAAGCAAGCAUGUCUGAAUUUCUUGAAUCUGAAGAUGGAGAAGUGGAACAGCAGCGAACGUACAGUAGUGGACACAACCGUCUGUAUUUCCAUAGUGAUACUUGUUUACCUCUCCGUCCACAAGAAAUGGAAGUAGACAGUGAAGAUGAAAAGGAUCCUGAAUGGCUAAGAGAAAAAACCAUUACACAAAUUGAGGAAUUUUCUGAUGUUAAUGAAGGAGAGAAGGAGGUGAUGAAACUAUGGAAUCUCCAUGUCAUGAAACAUGGGUUUAUUGCUGACAAUCAAAUGAAUCAUGCCUGUAUGCUGUUUGUAGAAAACUAUGGACAGAAAAUAAUUAAGAAGAAUUUAUGUCGAAACUUCAUGCUUCAUCUAGUCAGCAUGCAUGACUUUAAUCUUAUUAGCAUAAUGUCAAUAGAUAAAGCUGUUACCAAGCUCCGUGAAAUGCAGCAAAAAUUAGAAAAAGGAGAAUCUGCUUCCCCUGCAAAUGAAGAAAUCACUGAAGAACAAAAUGGGACAGCAAAUGGAUUUAGUGAAAUUAACUCAAAAGAGAAAGCUUUGGAAGCAGAUGGUGUCUCAGGGGUUUCAAAACAGAGCAAAAAACAAAAACUCUGAAAAGAAAAGGCCUAACCCCAUGUUACGGACAAACACUGAAAUUGUCAUUCUAGGGAAUUCAGCCUCUAGGAAGAGUUUUGUUUUUGUUUGUAAUCAUAGGUUUCAAACAGGCACUGUUAGAUGAAGUAAAUGAUUUCAACAAGGGUAUUUGUAUCAGGGUUCUACUUCACUUCAUUAUGCAGCAUUACAUGUAUAUCAGUUUUAUUGAUGUCAUUAAAACACUCUAGUUUGAGCAUGAAAAGCAAUACUUCAAAGAAAGUAUUUUUAACUUUAACAAUUGUCUUAUGAAAUAUAUUGAAUUGAUAAGCUAGAAAUUAUUUCCUAUAUUUAAAUUACAAUGUUUUUUGCAUUUGUGACUGGCUGUUUUUCUACUUUGUAAUUGUGAAACCUUUUCUUGGGGAGGGAAAAUUGGAGUGUGAUUCCCUUUUUUAAAAAUUGGAGAUUUCUUGAAAUUAUGUUGCAUUAUUAUUUGCAAUCAAACCUUGAUCCUUGAUUUUGAAAUCAUUUAUCAUUUUGGAAUGAGAUUACAAUGAGAUAUUUUAUCUAAGUUCAUUUUACAAUUUUAAAAUAGCACUUCUUCAUCUUAUGCCUGUUUGAGGAAAUGUUAAUUUUUCAUAUAGUUGACAGUGAAAUGUCAUAUUGGCUUACAAGGUUACUGACCAUUUGUUUUUAUGUGGAUAAUUUUAUUGCAUUGCUCACCCAGUAUAUUUUUUUAAACUUGAACAUUUGCUGUUUGUUUUUUUUUUUUCCAACAUGGUGGUAAUCACAUUGAAAAUUAAGCUGUCCGCAUCUUUUCAUUAUAAACUAAGGGAAGAAUGAGUUUGGGAUUUUUAAGAUGCCACUUUUGAGGAAGGAAAUGUUCUAUAAAAAUGAACCAGAAGAUAUUAUAACUUGUUUUUUUCUUUGCAAGGAUGUCUUUGUAAUGUAUUUCAUGAUUAGAAUAUCCAAUACAGAUAAGCUGACUUGAAUUGUGAGCAGUUUUGCCCUGUGAGAUAUGUGUCUUAUGCACAUAUUUGCAGUUGGAUUUUCUCCAACAGAAAGUGGUUUCACUACUGGCACAUUAACAAGCACCAAUAGAUUUUUUAUUCCAACUCCAAGCACUGUGGUUGAGUAACAUCACCUCAAUUUUUUAUUAUCCUUAAAGAUAAUUGCAUUUUCAUAUUCUUUAUUUAUAAAGGAUCAAUGCUGCUGUAAAUACAGGUAUUUUUAAUUUUUUAAUUUCAUUCCACCACCAUCAGAUGCAGUUCCCUAUUUUGUUUAAUGAAGGGAUAUAUAAGCUUUCUAAUGGUGUCUUCAGAAAUUUAUAAAAUGUAAAUACUGAUUUGAUUGGUCUUUUAAGAUGUGUUUAACUGUGAGGCUAUUUAACUAAUAGUGUGGAUGUGAUUUGUCAUCCAGUAUUAAGUUCUUAGUCAUUGAUUUUUGUGUUAAAAAAAUAGGAAAGAGGGAAACUGCAGCUUUCAUUACAGACUCCUUGAUUGGUAAGCUCUCUACAUGAGGAGUUACAGUCAACUCUGAUCAUGCCUCUGGAUAGUGAAUCUCGAGCAUUUCUCUCGGGCUUUAAUUUGCUAAAGCUGUGCACAUAUGUAAAAAAAAAAAAAAAUAGAUUAUUUUAGGGGAGAUGUAGGUGUAGAAUUAUUGCUUAUGUCAUUUCUUAAGCAGUUAUGCUCUUAAUGCUUAAAAGAAGGCUAGCAUUGUUUGCACAAAAAGUCGGUGAUUCCCUCCCCCAAAUAGUAAUGAAAUUACUUCUGUUGAGUAAACUUUUUAUGUCAUCUUAUAAUAAAAGCUGAAAAAAUCCCUUUGUUUCUAUUUAUAAAAAAAUGCUUUUCUAUAUGUACCCUUGAUAAGAGAUUUUGAAGAAAUCAUGUAAGAUGAUAAAGCAUUUGAAUGGUACAGUAGAUGUAAAAAAAAAAUUCAGUUUAAAAGAACAUUUGUUUUUACAUUAAAUGUUUAUUUGAAAUCAAAUGAUUUUGUACAUAAAGUUCAAUAAUAUAAAAGCUGUA